AGUUAUCUUAUCAGAAAAACGGAUAUUUCGUUGUCAUUGUGUUUCCGCUAGUUUUGUUAAGAAUAGAAUUUCAGUUAGAUGGGGACCUCUCAAAGUGUUUCUGUUUUCACAGAGGAAUUACUUGAUGAGUAUACGGUUUUGACAUUUCUUACUAGAGGUGAAAUUCUGACAUUGUACAAAGCCUUCAGCUCUCUAGGCUUAGAUGAGAUAGACAGUUUAAAUAAAAGAUAUCCAAUUGAAGAUAUUCAAGAAUGUUUCCCACAACUAAAGUGUAAUCCAUUUAGAGAUAGGAUUUUCAGAGUAUUCUCAUCGACAAAGGAUGGAAAAUUUUCCUUCGAGGAUAUGUUAGAUCUCUACUCAGUCAUGUCCUAUAAAUGUCCUGAUAAAGUCAAAGCAGUUUGGGCAUUUAGAAUAUUUGAUUACGAUGAAGAUGGUGCUUUGGACGAAAAAGACCUCAUGAUUGUUAUAGAUAAAUUAACGCAAAGCGAAAAAACUGGGAACGAGAUUGCAAUAGAAAAUAAGAAACAUAUAAUAAAAGUAUUAUUGGAAGAAUUUGAUUUAGAGAGUAAUGGUGCAAUUAGUCCUUUGGAAUUUCAACAUGCAGUAGCCAUUUCCAUGAUGACUGGAUGCUUAACAUAUCCAUUGGGUUGGAGUGGUGUUAAUGUACAAAGAAUAUGUGCAGACUCAGGCAUUUUCAAUCUAGGCAAAUGUGAACUCCGUUGGGGUUAUCUUCUAGCUGUAAUAGCUUGUCUAGACGCCUUUAUUCUCUGCAUCCUUGCCUUCACACUUGCUACACGCCAUUUACUGCUUUCAUCUGAUUCCGGGAGCCUAUACGAAGGUGGGGUGAAUACGGCGUAUAUGGGUGAUACAAUCAGUAUGACAGGAUCUAGAAAAUCGCUCAAUUUGUUUCCUUUGUUUUCCAUAAAUCCUGAAGGUCAAGAGGAUUUCUACGCUCAGAUGCGGCCCAGAUCUAUUCAUACCAAUAACUCAACUCAAGGUCACUUACCGUAUAGUGCUCAUAAUUUUGAAAUUUGAUAAUUUAUUGUAUGAUAAUUGAAUUAAAUUUUAGGUUUU